AUCACUUCCGCGUCGGGCCCGGCGGCGUCCGGCUGCUGCGCCGAGGGCCCGGCCGGUCGCAGCUAUCAGGUCUUCAAAUGUACCGCUGCUUCGUGAGUGAAGGGUCCUGGAUCAGGAGCCAUAAGGGUGGAGCAGUCCUGAAGGAAGUCGCUUCCGGGGUGCAGCUGGAAGAACUUGGGAUGGAUCCUGCUACCCUGGAUUGCAACGGGUUCCAUCACUUAUGAGUAGGUCCCAAUGUGGACCCUGCACACAUCACUCUUAUUUUUUUAUCCAAGUAUUUUCAUCUGUCAAUAGGAGGAGGUCCUGAACUGCCAUUAUUUUGAAGUUUGAAAGUGUGAGGCAAACCUUUAGGUGUCCAAGGGAGCAAUGGCAGGCCACAAGACAGAAGAGGUGCUCGAUAUUCUUCGGCUGAAUGUGGGUGGCUGUAUUUACACAGCCCGGCGAGAGUCUUUGUGCCGUUUUAAGGAUUCUAUGCUGGCAUCUAUGUUCAGUGGUCGUUUUCCUCUAAAAACAGAUGAAUCAGGGGCUUGUGUUAUUGAUCGUGAUGGACAUCUAUUUAAAUACCUUUUGGAUUAUCUUCAUGGAGAAGUUCAGAUUCCCACAGAUGAGCACACUCGUGUUGCCCUACAGGAAGAGGCUGAUUACUUUGGCAUACCUUACCCAUACAGCCUGUCUGACCACUUGGCCAAUGAAAUGGAGACAUAUUCUUUAAGGUCAAAUAUAGAACUUAAAAAGGCUUUAACAGACUUCUGUGAUUCAUAUGGCUUAGUUUGCAAUAAGCCAACAGUUUGGGUUCUCCACUAUCUUAACACAUCUGGUGCAAGCUGUGAGAGCAGAAUUAUUGGUGUAUAUGCCACAAAAACUGAUGGAACUGAUGCUAUUGAUAAGCAGCUUGGAGGAAGAAUUCAUAGCAAAAGCAUUUUUAAAAGAGAGGCGGGAAAUAAUGUUCAGUACAUUUGGAGUUAUUAUUCAGUAGCUGAGUUGAAGAAAAUGAUGGAUGCCUUCGAUGCUUGGGAAGGAAAAGGUGUUAGCUACUGGCGGGUGCCUCAUGAACUCAUAGAAUGUUGGACACUGGAGGAGCGGCCUUUACUUGGAAGUCUGCGGCAUAUGACUCCAAUUCGAAAGAGGCGACUGAUAACACUCAAUGAAGAGGAAGAAGAAGGUGUGAAUUGUAAGGCUGGUCCUAAGCCAGUCAGAUUUUUGGGCCCUUCCACAAGCACCCAAAUUAAAGUGAAAAACUCCACUUCAGUCAGGGUGUCUCCAGCUAGCGCUCUCCAGAUCUCCUCUCAGAUGCCAGCAAACCAGUCUCAGAGUGGCAGCUUUGGAAAGGCAUCUCAGCGCUCUGUGAACCCUGUGAGCACUAGGACAUCUGGUCACUCUCAAGCUUCACAUGGGGCCAGAAGUGCUGAAAAUGGAGCCCCACACCCGCCUCCAGCAAAGGUGUUGCUCUCUGACAAGAAGUCUACACCCCACCGAGUGAUAAAGCUGAAGAGGACUCCAUUGUGUGCUGCAGUGCCUUCUCUGCCCAUCCCCACAGCAGCAGCGAGGCAGGCCAGCCCCUCUAAACCUUUGGAUGUGGGAACUGAAAAUGAGAAAGACCAAUCUGAUGGAUAAAAAUGGUAGAUUUGGUACUCCUGUUUGUCUCAGAGCUUUCAACACCUCUGAUACCAAUAAGUGACACUGUUUCUUGAUGCAGUAGAAGAGAAGGCUUCUGUUUAUGCUUAAGAUUAUUAUGGGAAAAAUGAAUUGUGUGAAGUAGGGAUGGAGGAGGGGAGAUUUUGAAUGGUUGGGGUUUUAUUUAAAUUUACUUCUCAUCCAUCUUCCCAACUUUUAAAGGAUUGUCUAUGAGCAGUUUGAUUUUCUGUUUUUUUUUUUUAAUUUUAUUUAAAUGGUUAAUUGGUAUUAAGGUGACAGUACAGCACAGUGAUCAUUAGAGAAGUCUCUUUUGUUGCUGAAACAUUGUAGACUCUAGGCACUUUUGUAAUGCUCCUUCUUGCAGCCCAGGUCCUGUCUGGUGAGUGGAGAGGGUGGGAUCAGCACUUGCCUACAGUAUAUUGAAGCCAGUAGAGGUCAGAGAGGAAGAGUAGAACAAGGUAAGCUGCCUGCAAUUGCUCUCAGGCUCAAAACACAAUACGAAAUGAAAUGAUGGGGAGAGGAAAAGACAAUAAUUUCAGAUCACAUUCUGACUCUCACUUGAGCCAUUUUCUUUCCUAAAUUGGCUUUUGUUAUUCUUUUCCGUUAGCAGAUUUAUUUAUAGACACCACAGAAAGAUUUCAGUGAUAAGAACUAUACAACAUGUCUUUGGAAUGAAAUGUUAAAUUUUUGAAUUUGAAUAGUGCAGUUUUGAAA